CGGGACUGGAGUGUUUAUCGUUUUUGUGGUCGCGCUGUGGUUUCGCGCGUGUUUUGCUCGCGGAAAGAGGUUGCGACCAUGAGCUCGGUGCAGGAAGAGAAGCCCCCUGGCGACGGCCAACCCAAGACCCAUGUCCGGGAACUGAGGAAUACGGAGCUGGUGUCACGAUUGCUGGCCGCGACGCCUCCUUACCUCUACAGCGCUUUACCGCUUCAACCGCACGCUUUCUUCUUUAGCGAAAUGUUGAGGUCGUUUGUCAACGCGCGUCACGGGUGCCGACCGCCACAUUACCAUCGGCGCUUCAAGCGCAGGACUCACAAAUACUUCGCUGAGAACGAAACCGAAUGGCGCCGAGAAUGGCCGAAACAGGAGGAAGAGAAGAAACCACCGGAGACGCGUCCAGAAGUUCCAUUAGAAUUGACCGUCGAUAAGCACCCAAGGAUGCGUGAAGCGUCUCCUAGGAGAAUGUCUCCUAAAACAGAGCAAGCUAAAUCUAGCGGCAGUCCUGGUCCCCCUGGAAGACACUCUUCGUUCGUUGAUGUCGGGACGGAGGAACUGCCGAAACCAUCGCCUUGCGUUGGACGAAACCCACCAGAAAAUGUCGUACCGCAGUCAAACUUAAUACUUCCUCCUCCUCCACCGAUGUGGUAUCCACCGCUUUACAAUCCUCAAUUUGGCGUAGAUCCUUUAAAUUUCUUCAUAGACCUGCGCGUUUCUGGCCACAUUUACGACAGGAAGAGGGCAAUGCCUGAGGGUAUGGAAGUCAACCAGGAGAUAAGGACUGAGGAAUCAGCUGAUAAGAGAAUAGGAAAAGAAUUCGGUAGACCUCGACAUUUGUCGGCUUUCUCUGUGCCGGUACGUUCGACUGCUAUCGAUGGUUCGGAGAAAUAUUUGAAUAUCAGCAGGCUGGGGAAGGUGAACGGGACGUCACACAUAAUGAAGAAUUUGAAACACAUGUAUGAUAGUCUGCGGAAUUCACGAGAAAAUAAAGAUGAAUCCAAAGUUUGCAAUGACGAAGAGGCUAAAGCCGAAUCAUCGGAUUUAGAUGAUGAUAUAAUUGAUUAA